UAACUCUCCUCUUCACUCAGUUCACAAACAACAAGCUUUUUCUUCACUAGUUUUACUCUGUCAAACCUAGUUUCUCCUCGUUGAUGACGAUGAGGGCCGUGGUGGUGGCAGUGGCAAUGAUAAUCUUGAUUGUACUGUCGGUCAUGCCGAUGAGUGCUAGGGCUAUUAUUGACUUUCAUCUGUUAAGAGAAAUGGCUACAAAAAACAAUGUGACUUGUAUUUUAGUGUUUGGAGAUUCAAGUGUUGAUCCCGGGAAUAAUAAUCGCUUACCUCAGGCGUCAAAGGGAAACUUCCCACCUUAUGGGAAGAGCUUGUUUAAUGGCCACCCAACUGGAAGGCUCAGUAAUGGAAGACUUGCCACUGACUUCAUUGCGGAGGCACUUGGCUAUACAAACAUAAUAAAAGGGUUUCUGGAUCCAACAAUCAAGAACGUAGACGUACUUCAUGGUGUUAGUUUUGCAUCCGCAGGUACCGGUUAUGACGAACUCACAGCCAAUCUCUCGAAUGCAAUAUCUCUUAGGAGACAGUUGGAGUAUUUCAAGCAUUAUAAGAUUCACCUGAGACAACUAGUGGGAGUGAAGAAGGCUGAAGAAAUAAUCAGAAAUGCAGUAUUUGUACUAAGCAUGGGCACAAAUGACCUUCUGCAGAACUAUUACAGAGAACCUAUUCGUUCCCCACAGUUCAGUGUCAAACAAUACCAAAAUUUCUUGAUCUCUAACAUGUUUCAUGCUGUUCAGGAAAUGAAUAAGAUGGGAGCAAGAAGAUUGGCAGUAGUGGGGCUAGCCCCAUUUGGUUGUGUGCCACUAGUGAAGACACUAAAGGACACCUCUAAAUGUGACGACGAAUAUAAUGAAGUAGCAUUCUCUUUUAAUUCCAAGUUAAAAGACAAGUUGUCUACCAUAAAGUCUUCAUUAGGGAUGCUCACCGCCUAUAUUGAUACCUACUCUGUCAUUGCCAGGGUUAUCAAAAACCCACACAAAUAUGGUUUCAAGGUGACAACAAAGGGAUGUUGUGGGUCGGGGUUGAUAGAAUACAGCUAUUCAUGCAAGGGUUUGGGUACAUGUGCUGAUCCAACAAAGUACAUAUUCUGGGAUGCAGUUCAUCCUACAGAGAAGAUGUAUGAAAUUCUUGCCGGUGAGGCUAUCAAAUCUAUUGCUUAUUAUAUUUCCACCAAGGGUUAAGGUUAAUGUGUGCCUUUUCUUGCUAUGAAUGCUUUAGAAUGUUGAUUAGUAGAAGAGAUGUUGUUUUAUUACGUUUGAUUAGUAUAAAACUAGGGCUUGGUUUGUCAUGUAUUGGACCUUUUGGCCCCAUCAACUGGCACUGCAAUCUGGUUUAAUGUUCUGUUUUUGGAUUUGGUUUGUCUAGUGUAUUGUGCAUGAAAGGCUAUAUAAAGCCGUGUUGAUGUAUUGUAAUGUAUUGUAACCAGAGAAUCGAUGAAUAAAUAAAAACAAGGUAGAGUGAUUUCAUA